UUUCCUGCAAAACCCUAAUUUCAUAUUUCACUCUGGAGAAUUUGUGAACCAGAAUUUUUGUUUUUCUCUGUAAUUGUAGAAUUUUUAUUUUCAAAAAUUUUGUGUUAUUAUUUUUUUUUGAAGCUCUUUCCGCUCUCUGCAAUGGUGGAGAUUUGAGUUACUGUGUCGCGUCUUUCUCGGAGUUCAAAAUUCUGCUUCUGGGUUUUCGUCAUUUCAGACAAAAGUUUCUAUUUUUGAAGUUUUUUCUGUGCAGUUACAACUUUUUCUGUGCUCAAACAUCACUGUACUGUUUCUGGGUACGUCAGUUCUGCAUUCAAGUACAUUUGUCUCCACUGAGUUAAAAAAAAAUCAAUAUUUUCCGCUGUUUUUGAGUUUGUUAAUGCUUGAAUCUUCAAUGGGUAGGGUUUAAGCGAGUUUUAAGGUUUUGGGGUGUCCUAAUUUUUCUUUGAUUCGCACAAAAAAUGGAGGAAAGAGAGAUUUUUAGUUCUGGGCAUGCUGUUAAGGUUGUCGAGGCCCCCCAGAGCUUCCACGUAGCACUAAACUCCGUGCAGUUUUCCGGGCCCACAGUGGAGUCACCGGUGCCUUCUCCAGUUCCGGCAUCGGCACCGGCACCGGCGCCGGUGAGUGCUUCGGUGAUGAAUUCAGGUAGUACGGAAGGGAAGAAGAAGAGGGGCAGGCCUAGGAAGUAUGGACCGGACGGCAAGGUGGCGCUGUCGCCGAUGCCGAUAUCGGCGUCGAUUCCGUUGACCGGAGACUUCUCAGCCUGGAAAAGGGGAAGAGGGAAGCCACUUGAAUCAAUCAAGAAGUCUUUUAAGUUUUAUGAAGCUGGAGGUGCAGGACCAGGUGAUGGAAUUGCAUACUCAGUUGGUGCCAAUUUCACACCUCACAUCCUUACAGUAAAUGAAGGCGAGGAUGUUACUAUGAAGAUUAUGUCCUUCUCUCAACAAGGAUGUCAAGCAAUUUGCAUUCUGUCUGCAAAUGGCACAAUUUCAAAUGUUACACUACGCCAACCAACUUCUUCUGGUGGUACUUUAACAUAUGAGGGGCGUUUUGAAAUUCUCUCCUUGUCUGGUUCAUAUAUAACAACUGAGAAUGGAUUAACAAAGAGCAGAUCUGGUGGGAUGAGCAUCUCUUUGGCCGCUCCAGAUGGUCGAGUAAUGGGGGGUGGAUUGGCUGGUUUGCUGGUAGCUGCAGGUCCUGUGCAGGUUGUUGUGGCUAGUUUUGUUCCUGGUCAUCAGCUGGAGCAACAGAAACCAAAGAAGCCGAGAGUGGAGCAUAUAUCAAUGGCUGCUCCGACGUAUGUCAACCCUACUUCUGCUGAAGAAAUAAGAAUUGGUCUUGGUGGAGUAAAGCCAAUCAUGACACCGGCUGCUUUUCAAGUGCACCACAUUUUUGGCAAUGGUCAAAGCUCUGGGAACUCAGCUUCUGAUGAUUCAGCUCCUUUCCCUGAAAACGAGUCCAACCCUAGCCAUGCAGAUGCUGGAGUUGCAUGCUAAACAUUGUUUCCUGUCAAGUAUUUGGUGUUCUACAGAGUCAAACCCCAUUUAGGCUCAUGCUUGACUGAUGCUGACAAUUAACAUGACAAAAGUCUUAUAGUGGGAUGGAUGAGUAUCAGGUUGGUUUUGACUUGAGAAAUUGUUCUCUUUGGUGCUAGGUAUUAUUAGUGUUAGGAAAUCUACUUUUUAGCUUUCCAUGUUUCUCUUUGGUGUUAUCUAAUAUUGUUUAUUGAGUUGUAGCAGUUAGAUGUAGGAUAUAUGUUAUGCCACGUUCUUAUUAGAUUUUAUAGAUUGUUUGAAAUGAGUGCAUGUGGGUGCUUUCUAAACUGUAACCUAACGAUAUUAUUUCUUGUGAAGGAGGAAAUUGCAUUUUAGCACUUAUUUGUUAUUUUCUCCUUAUUUUCCGUUACCUAAAUACAAUGAUAUCUGGUUGAUUUUA